AUGCUGGGGCUUGUAGUCGGCGCUCUCACGGGCUGGCGGCAGUAUGCCUUCUUGGGAUUGGCUACUUACGGCCAAGCAUCGCCGGCGCGCGAGGGGGGGGCUCUACGCGGAGCCAAUGAGGGGGCGGGAUGUUGGGGAGUCGCGGUCUCCGGGAUACGGCCCGCCGCCGACCGCUCUGGCCCCGGCCUGGGGGAGCCGCCGCCGCCGCCUCAGGACGGCCCGUCCCGGAUGGCUGCGAUCGCUCGGGCGCAGAGGGCGCCCGCGGGCGGAGGGCAGGGACGCAGCGACGCUCCCCGUAGGAGAACCAUCGCAGCCGGGCGCAGCGUCCUUCCUCGCUCCUGUAGUGACCUCUCUGCGGUUGACACAGAGUUGGAGAAAACUGGAAGAGCUCUGUUCUGCCACAGCAGAUUCCUAAAGGUGCGCAACGAAAAUGUACAUGGAAGCCAGUGGUGGCAGACAUCGGGAAGCGCUGUGCAGACAGCGAGCAGACACGCCGCGAAGAGCAGUCCGGGUAGCGCUUCCCACACACGGUCGAGCUCAGCUCUGAGGAAGGUGGCACAACUAGAAAGCAAAAUCAUGAAUCGAAAAAAGCAGAUGGAAUUGCAAAACACUGGCUUGGGCCAGAAGCCUUUGGAUGAAGAGUCCUUCUCAUCUGCUUCUGGUCACGAACACAGUGCAAGGGGCAAGAAAUAUCUGAAGAAUUACGCUACUGCCAGUGGAAAUAUGACCCUCAGUAAUGCCUGUUCUAAGGAAGAGGAAAGCAGCCAAAGCCCUGAAAAGAAUCUUAUGGUUAAACAACAGCUUGGUUUGGAUAGCGAUGAAGAGGAAAUGAGAGAAUUGAUGGAGAGCUCUUUGGAGUUUUCCAGUGGAAAUCUGGAGAAUUGGAGAGUUGUUGUAAGUGAUUCUAAAUGGGGUGGAAAGAAUAAGACUCCAGUUGCGUCAGGAGUGCCCCCUCCAUCUCAUAAAGAAGUUUCACUGACAGAGGUAUCUAAAACAUCUUUUCAUAGCAGAGACGCAGAGAAAAAUGGUUUUGGUAGAGUUAAUUCACCAACACCUUCACCAGCCAGCAGAAACCUGUCAGUACGACAUAAUAUGAGAUCUCAAUCACUGUCCUCUUCCAUGAAAGACAAUACUGUAAAGAUUACUCUGCCUAGAACAGGCAACACCAAGCAAAGCCAAAUAUCACUUGAAAGUGACAGAAGUGAAAUAAAAUCAUUAGAUGAAUUAUUUUCAAAAGCAGCUGAUGCGGAAGAUUCAACUAGCAGCAGCUCAAAUGACUUCAGAGUGAAUAUCCUGAGCCUUGAUGAUUUGGCACCAAACAUCACCAGUGAGGCAGCAGAAUCAGAGCAGAAAGGGACAGACAUUCACAUUACUCAAGAAUCAAAUAGAAAUCCAAAAAAAGAUACCUUCCUGGUGGAAAAAGACCAAACUUCUCUUAAAAUGGCAAGUGCAGUAACUGGUGUGAAUGAUGCUUCUGAAGGGGAUAUUGAAAAAACCGUGACUGAAGCUGAAAUCUCUGAGCAUUUGAGUGGAGUUUCUGCAGAUCUUCCGAGACACAAACAGGAUUAUCUUGAUCAUGAUGAGAGAACUGUUAAUUCAGAAUAUUCUGAAGACUUUGAAAGGUCUCUGUCUACAACAGACAGGGAAUCUGUAUCAAAAAUGUCAGAGGAACGUUCUGAGAGCUGCACAUAUUCUGGAAAACACCCAUCUUCAGCAUCGUCCCCUUUAUUUACCAGAGAGCGGCAUGACCAGGUACACAGAGUAACUGUCAAAGAAACCGCGGUGCAGACAGCGGAUCCUCCAUUCACCUAUUGCUGGUCAAAGACAAACACCUCCGCAGUACUUGACCCACCUGUAGGAAACAGUUACAUUGAUCCGGUACCUAUCGCCAGUCACGUCAUCAGCAUGGAUGCAGUAGAAGCCUUGACAGCAUACAGCCCGUCAGUUCUUGUUUUAAAUGCCAUGUUGAAACAGCACUUGAUGUUGACUCAGCAGUUUGUAGAGAACAUUCACCACCUUCACGUAACCCUUGUGGAGUCACUAGAGAACGAGAAGUUCCACUACCAUACCCUGGAAGAGGCUAAAGAGUACAUCAGGAAUCACAAAUCCCCACCUCUAACAAUUGAGCAAGCACGUGAAGAAAUUCGGAAAGCGCAGGAAGAAAAACUGCUUUGACUCUCUGAAUUUUAAGUAAAAUUCACAUUUACAGAUCUCAAGCUGGAACAAGAAACCCUUCCAAAUUGCACAGAUAAAAAGUUACAAACUAUGGACCGGAAGGAUUUGUACUAACUGCUAUGUUUCCUAUUAUACAUAAUUUAUUUUCCUGUAUCUGAAUUUUGUACUAAUGUACGUGAUAUAGGGACAGGCAGGAACCUUCAGCCAGACCGUGUCAGUGCUCAGCAGAAAACCAAGAAAACACUCCUCUCUAAGGGGAGCGGGUAAGUCCUCGCAGCGUGCAUGUCUGUCAUGCAGAUCGUGUGAGCUGUGAUCACAUCUGUGAUCACGGUAGAAGUGAAAGUCUGGACUACAGCACCCGAGGAACACGAUCACAGCAGAAAACUGCCGUAUCCUGACUUUAGUGCCAUAUUUAAACAGUGUUGAUCUGUAAUUAGCCUUGUCGGAUUACUACGAAACCAAACACGCGCAAAGUUAAGAUAAAUUCAAUACAAGGAAGGCUUAUAGCCAAUGUACGGGAAUCCAUUUACUCUGAAAUAUGAGCCACCAUUUGAUUUUUAUUAAAAAAAAAAAAGUGUUUAUUGGAAGGCAAAACAAUAAAAUUCACAAGUUGAUAACA